AUGCUUUCUUCCCGCCGGUUCCGCAUCUUCAUCCAUUUGUUUCUCGCCUUCUCCUGCCUCGCCCUGCUCUACCAGCUCUGCAGCGACGCCCUCGCGGUGCCCUUUGUGGACCAUGAGGCUUCCGACGUCGUCGUCCCGACUCGCGACGAGACCGGCCCCAACGGCCUUGUCCCGCUCGAGGCGCACAUCAUCAGCAAAUGCCCCGACACCAGGGACGCUCUUCGCACUCUGAUCCUGCCCGCCAUGCAGCAGGUCUACGACAAGGUCGACUUUAAGCUCUCCUACAUUGGCAAGCCCACUGCAAACGGCGGCGUCGACUGCAAGCACGGCCCCUCCGAGUGCAUCGGCAACAUCAUCGAGCUCUGCGCCCGCGAGCUGUAUCCCGACCCCAAGAUCAACCUCGGCUUCAUCAUGUGCCUGACCAAGGACUACACCCACAUUCCCGAGCGCACCCUCAUCGAGGACUGCGCCCUCGAGCACGCCAUCGACUUCAACAAGCUCAACGAGUGCGCCGCCCGCGACGACACGGCCCAUGGCCUCGAGCUGCUGCGCAAUAGUGUUCAGCGGUCAGCCGAUGCCAACGUGACCAUCAGCUGCACGAUCCGCCUCAACAACGAAAUCUACUGCAUUCGCGACGACGGCGAGUGGAAGGACUGCCCGCACGGCCCCGGCGUCAACGACCUCGUCCUCGCUAUCCAGAAGCUGUACCAUGGCUCGUCUUGA